CGGUCACAGCAGUGCAGCGAUCGCAUGGACGUUGACGACAAGGCCCCAACACAAGAUGUCGGUCGAUGGCGAAUCACAGUGGAAAAGGUUAUAGAGGAAGUCACAGCCCCUGACGGGUAUCGCCUGAUGGAAGACGGCCAGGAGACGGAAGAGGGCUUUGCUACUCGCACGCUUGAAAUGGUCAAACAGAGGUUCUCAAGGCCUCUGCAACAGACGUCAGCAGCAGACAGAACAGCCCUCACAAACAAGCUAGCUGGCUUGGUGUGCUUGCUCGUUCAUCCAAAUCAGUCGACGACAUGCUCGCGUUCAUCCGGACAAUUCAGGCUGCCAGUACUCGCGGCCUGUAUAGCUGUAGUUCCUAAACUUCUAGACGGCCUGGUUGACGAGAUCACUCCGCAGGUGAAGAUUGCCGUAUAUAAACUUCUGGAAAAGGCUGUGGUGCAUCAGAAGACACUUGUGCAGACGGAAUACGUCGAGAACCUUGUUGUUCGCGGCAUGUGCGAUGCAAACCGGAGCGUCCGACUGGCAGCAGGUGGGGUGUCGCUGGCUCUAGCCCACAUGUACCAGACUUCAUCCCCUACUCCUCGGAGCAGUAUAAGCCCCCUGUUUGAUAGGUUUCACGCGCUGCUCGACGGAACGACGGCUGCUGUGAAAGCUACCGUGAAAGAAACCAUUAUAGUCACUAUUGGAGCCAUUGCAAGAGUCGAAGGCUUCGAAGUACUAGGUCAUGUUUUGUGUUGCUUGGUGGCUCAGCUUGGGAGGCAGAACCCAGUGCUCAAAGGCAAUGCUUACAUGGCUCUGCUUACCAUAGCUCGUACUCGCCAGAAAUCCGCGUACAGCCUUGUGUCACCAUAUCUCGGCGACAUUUCGCCCUUCGUCGUCUCCCGCAUGGCCACAGAACCUGCUCUGUUAGUGGAAUUUUGUCGAUUCAUUUCGAUAUCGCCAGCAGAUUUCCUUUCGGUUAAUCUGCAUCGCAUACUUCCCCCGCUUUUCGCGACGUGCAAUGGGAAAGUUCUGGAGCUGAUAGGCAGAGAGCUGGGGAAGAGACCGUUCACUCUCUACUUGAACCACUCGCACGAUGUUGUGGCCCAUGCCCUCCUUCUUGAGGAUGACGCAGGCAUACAGGCAGCUCUUGACUUCAUCGUGAAUCAGCUCAGGCAGGCAGCCGAAAGUACCGCCAUCGACGUGCACAACGUUGUCAAAAGUUGCCUCACUCCUUUGCUAGCAGAAAUGAUAAUCGUAAUGGGAGAUGAAAAUGAGAACAAAGCCAAGCUGGUGAGCCGUCUUCAGAAGAUCGAGCAGUUUAUGCAGUCGAGCACCAGGACCACCCGCUCGUUCACCGAUGACCGGCUGGCUAGCUUCCUCAACGCGAAUAUAUUGGGCCUCAUAACGUACCUGAAUGAGAUGUUGCAGGAAGUGCAGGGAAGGAAAUCAGCGGAGACCAAGCGACACAUCUUACGUGGCUUGGGUGCUAUGAUUAUCAACAUUGGGCCAUCUGUGAAUAAUGUUGCUCCUCAGAUCAUGGCAACCAUGCAAACGAUGCUGGGCAUCGCGGAGGUCUCGGAGGCUACACUUGACGGCUGGUACAAAUUCCUGACAACUCUUAGCCCUGAAGAUGUUGGCCCCUACGUCGGUCCCACUACGGCAUCUUUCGUGGCCCUCUGGCCUAACUUCCCAGAAUCUGCGCGGAUAAAGGCCAGGCAAUGCAUAGACUAUAUCGUCCUAGACCUAGGCAAGAGUCUUGGAAAAUACCUAGAUGAUGUGAUCGACAUGUCCUCCGUGCCGGAACUAGAGCCUCUACAAGAACAUGUUUUGGACAUACGGCCGGAAUGUCCUCCCAAGGAAGCUUUCCUCCGCCUCCUUGAUAGGUCCUCAAGUGAUAACGUUAUUGUGGCAAUGCAAGCUAUGAAAGAGCUGAAGCAAUAUCUAAUGAAGGCAGAGGACAAUUUUAUCCGCGAAAUGUCUUCUGGGGACGUCUUUGAUCCCCUAAUCGGACGAGCCAUGACAGCGUUACUGGACAACGCGGCUCGCGACGGAGACGAAGUUGAAACCAUUCGCCUCUUGGCAUACGAAUGCAUUGGCAUACUUGGCGCGUUGGAUCCGGAUCGAUUUGAACUAGGUCAGAACGACCCUCGUAUGUUCGUACUUAGCAAUUUCCAGGAUGAAGGUGAAGGCAUCGCCUUCGCUAUCCACCUUAUACAGGACGUGCUGGUGGGUGCCUUCCGCUCGACAAGUGACAUUAAAUAUCAAGCCCACCUGGCCUUCGCGAUCCAAGAACUUCUCCAAUUUUGCAAAUUCACUCCCGCGCUAGUGGGAGCUGGCUCAUCUGGCUCCGUCCCAUUGAAGGUCCGGAACCGCUGGAACAGUCUCCCUAAGCAUAUUUUGGAAACUGUGACCCCGCUUCUGGAGGCUCGCUAUCGUGUGCAAGAAAAGCCUCUGCCGCAUAUCCAGCAUCCUGUCUACCAUAACAAGCCGACAUACAGAGAAUGGCUGCAGCUGUGGACUGCUUACUUGAUUACGCGCACUUCUGGUCCAGCAGCCCAGCGUGUCUUCGGUUGCUUUCGUUCUGCGGUGCGGAAUAAAGACGUUGCCGUUGCUCAUCAUAUCUUACCUCACCUCAUCAUCCAUGUGCUAGUCUCCGGUGAUGGUAGUGAGGCCCAGAACAUCCGCUCUGAGUUGCUGGCGGUCUUGGAAGAUCAAGUGGAUCCCCAAAGCAAAUCUUCCGUUGACAAGAAGCUUUUGAGCGCCCAGGCCGUUUUCAGCCUGAUGGACCACCUUAGCAAAUGGGUUCGUCUGAUGCGACAAGAUAUCUCCAGGAAAAGGGCGGACAGCAGAAGGUCUCGACUGCAUAUGACCGAUGCAGACUCAGAAGAGCAAGUUCUGCGAGUUGACUCGGUCUUGUCCAGUAUCGAUCAAGGUCUCAUGGCCAAGGCCGCUCUGCAGUGCAAGAGUUUUGCACGCUCUCUGAUGAGUUUUGAGCGUCAAAUUGUGGAGAUGCGGGAGCGUGACGCACGGCCCACUGAACUCCAAGUCUACUACGAGCACUUGCAUGAAAUCUAUGCUGACCUCGAUGAGCCAGAUGGUAUGGAAGGUAUCUCCACCUUCAUCCUCGCCCCCUCCCUCCAGCAUCAGAUACGUCAACACGAGAGCAUGGGUCAUUGGACAUCAGCUCAAAGCUGCUGGGAAGUAAGGCUGCAGCAGGAGCCUGACAAUAUUGACUCCCACCUAGGUCUUCUACGAUCCCUUCGCAACCUUGGUCAUUACGACACUCUGCGCACUCAUGUCAGAGGUGUCCUUACUAGACAUCCCGAUUGGCAGGCUAAGCUCGCUGGUUACCAAGUGGAGAGUGCCUGGAUGGUAGGUGACUGGGAGGAAGUGAGGAGGGUAGUUGAAGUCAGCUCCGAGGAAUCGCCCCACGUUGCGGUUGCCCGUGUUCUCCUUGCGAUGCAGACAGACGAUCACUCAGCCAUCGCAACAUCCCUUGCCCAAGCACGCAUGUUCCUGGGCUCAACCGUCACCACAUCGGGUUCGAAAGGUUAUCAGAGAGCCUAUGAAUCUAUCCUUGAUUUACACAAGAUACGGGAACUGGAAAUGAUUUAUCACACCAUGUCUCAAACGAGGCAAGGUACGAAUCAACAAGUCCGAAACAUGAUUGGUGCGCUGUCGACACGUCUCUCGGCACGGUUGGAUUCCACCCUACCAACGUUUCGUGCUCGAGAACCCAUUCUUAGUAUGCGUCGUACUGCACUGGGUUUACUGAGCCCAAACCGGGAUAAGCGAGUCGAACUUGAAAUUGGUAGUUCUUGGUUGUCUAGUGCCAAGAUUGCGAGGAAAGCUAGCUACUGGCAAACUGCCUACAGUGCUGUCCUUCAAGCACAGCAUUGUCAUGCUCCCUUUGUCUUCACUGAAGGUGCCAAGCUCACAAAAGCAAGCGGGGAACCCCUACGUGCCCUGCAAGAGCUAGAGCGAUCCAUCAAUCUCCAGCAGUUAUCCGACCAGGAAGUCAUCGACCUGACCGAAGAAGGCGACAGCAGCGAGGUGCAGGCCCAAGUGCUUUUGGCGCGCUGGAUGAACGACUCGGAUCGCUAUGAUCUCAGUCUGGUAUCGAAGACAUUCAGCAACGCGACGGAGCUGUGGCCCAAGUGGGAAAGCGGUCAAUUCUAUCUUGGGCGAUUCCACGACGAGUGCUUCAAAACCCUACCCUUGAAGGACCACAAAGGCCGCGGGAUUAAGAUGAUUUAUCAGACGGUCAAAUGCUUCUCUCGGGCCAUUCGCUACGGAUCUAAGUAUAUAUACCAGACCGUACCGCGAAUACUGACCCUUUGGCUUGACUUGGGCGAAAAUCCGAAGAUGGUAGGCACGGAGACUCUGCCUCGAAUAACCACCGAGGUCAUGAAAGCCAUUAAGGGCCCCUGUUCUCAUCCCCGACAGUGGUAUACGGCUUUUCCUCAAAUCGUGUCUCGAGUCGGGCACAGCCAUAAAGAAAUCUACAAUGCGCUGUCGGAACUGAUUGCGUCUGUAAUUCAAGAAUAUCCGAAGCAGGCGCUCUGGCUUUUCGUUGCAGUCCUUAAAUCCAAGAAAGCUCAAAGAAGUUCCCGUGGGCGAGAGAUUCUAAACAGACUUCGGAAUAAUCCUGCAAGUGCGCGUACGGAAGUUCCUGGCCUUAUCAAUGAAUGUGAAAAUAUGAUCAACGAACUACUCGAUCUCUGCGACCACAAAGUUGCGGACGAUGAGCGCACGCUGAGUAUGAGCAAGCACUUCCCAGGCUUGCGUAGACUAGUGCCCUCUCGUUUGAUCAUCCCACUGCAAGAGUCUCUGACCGCGAGCCUUCCGUCAACGUCGGCAUCUGAAGCUACACACCAACCUUUCCCGCUUAAUCCUCCCACUUUUCAAGAUUUCUAUGACGAGAUCGAAGUGAUGCGCUCUUUAGCAAAGCCUCGGAAAAUCACGAUUCGCGGCAAUGAUGGCCUCGUAUAUAUGUUCCUUGGGAAACCUAGGGAUGAUCUCCGCAAGGAUGCGCGGAUGAUGGACUUCAACGCCAUUAUAAACAAGCUACUGAAAGCGAAUCCAGAAUCCCGGCGUCGUCAACUCCAUAUUCGCACUUAUGGUGUUGUGACUCUGAACGAGGAAUGCGGUUUCAUUCAAUGGGUGCCCAAUACGCUGCCACUCAGGCCUGUCCUCAAUAAGCUAUACGAGGCCAGGAACAUACGGCCCUGGGUUACCGACGUCUAUAGCAGGAUAAGGACUUUGAAGGACCAUGAAGCAACUGAGUUGUUUGUGAAGGACGUCUUGCCCAGAUAUCCACCUGUGUUCCACGAAUGGUUCAUCGAGACGUUCCCCGAGCCUUCAGCAUGGCUCGCAAGCAGGUCCACCUACGGUAGGACCGCAGCAGUAAUGUCGAUGGUCGGAUUCAUUCUCGGUCUUGGUGAUCGGCAUUGUGAGAACAUACUUCUUGAUGUCAAUACCGGAGACGUUCUUCACGUCGACUUGAACUGCUUGUUUGAGAGGGGUAAAUUGCUUGAUGUGCCGGAGAAGGUGCCUUUCCGGCUCACUCAGAAUGUCGUGGACGGCUUCGGGGUUACUGGUGUUGAAGGCGUGUUCCGCAUAGCCUGCGAAAUCACUAUGCAACUUCUCAGGGACAACAAAGAUACCCUCAUGAGCGUGCUGGAUGCCUUUAUCCACGAUCCCUUGAACGAUUUCGAAGAGCAGAGACGUAAACUCGAGCGAGAGAAGAAGACGGUCAAGGAAGCGAUAGACAUGCGGGCGGUUGCGUUGAAGGUCGCUCUGACUCCUAUUGAUAAGAAGCUCAAAGGCAUCUACACGACUGGUCGCGAGAGGGCCGAGAAAGAGACGUCGACGAGUAGCUUGGUCCAGAUAGUCAUCCAAGAAGCCACUGAUCCAACCAAUUUAGCGAGGAUGUACCAAGGAUGGGCAGCAUGGCAUUAG